AUGCAGGUGCUAACCAAGCGCUACCCCAAGAACUGCCUACUGACCGUCAUGGACAGGUACUCGGCCACUGUGCGCAACAUGGAGCAGGUGGUGAUGCUCCCCAGCCUUCUGAGGGACAUGCAGCUCACUGGGCAUGGCGACCAGGUCCCAGAUGACUCCUCUGAUCUCUACAAAUACUUCACCAUGCUCAAGGCCAUAUAUGUGGACGUGGAUCAUGGGCUACUACCCCGGGAGGAAUGGCAGGCCAAGGUGGCAGAAAGUGAAGCUGAUGAAGCCAAGGAUGAAGCUGCUGAGACGGAGGAGGCCAUGAAAGAGAGGGUCUCCAGGGAGCUGAACCUGGAAGCCCAGUUCCACCUGCACUUCUCCAGCCUUCAUCACAUCCUCACUCACCUUACCCUGUUAGCCGAGGAAGUGACAAGGAAAUACCAGGAGAUAAUGGGACAGGCCAUGUAG